AUGCGCGCAAUUUUAGUUGAUAAAUGGUUAAAAAGUGUUGAUGAACUUUCUGUUUCUAAUAAUGCCCCUGAACCAGAAUUGGUCAAAGGGCAAGUGCUUGUUGAGAUAAAAGCGAUUGGUCUUAACUUCUUUGAAAUACUACAGUUUUCUGGAGUAGUUAUAAAAAUACAUCCAGAAACCAAAAACACAAAUCUAAAAAUCGGCGAUCGUGUCUUUGGCGGUUCACAAGGAACAUACGCAGAACGAAUUGCCGUACAAGCAACGGAACUGUAUCCGAUUCUAGAUGGAAUGAAUUUCGAGGAUGCAGCAGGAUUAUUUAUCACGUAUCCGACAAGCUAUGCUGCGUUGGUACUUCGUGCUCAAUUGAAGAGGAAUGAAUGGUGUUUGGUGCAUGCGGGCGCGGGCGGUGUUGGCAUUGCUGCUGUGCAGAUUGCAAAGGCUCUGGGAGCUAAAGUAAUCGCGACUGGAGGUUCAGUUGAGAAAUUGGCAGUUGCAUCACAGAAUGGUGCAGAUCAUGUCAUAAAUUAUAGGGAUAAAAAUUGGACAAAAGAAAUAAAGAAAAUUACGGGUAAUCAUGGUGUCGAUGUGGUAUUUGAUCCUGUUGGUCUCAUAGAAGAAUCGAUGAAAUGUAUAGCAUGGAAUGGUCGAAUAGUCGUAAUUGGAUUUGUGAGUGGUAAAAUCGAAAAGGUAGCGAUGAACCGUGUCCUUUUAAAAAACUGUGCAAUCCUGGGUUUAUUUUGGGGUGCACAUCGCGAAUACGAGAAAGAAACAAUCCCGGUAGUCUGGAAUGCACUCUUACAUUUAUUCAGAAUCGGGAGAUUACGUCCAGUUGUUUAUCAUAAAGUGUUUGACGGAUUGGAAAAUAUUAAAGAUGGGUUGAAAGCGUUGGAAAGUAGACAAACCUAUGGAAAAGUAGUUGUUAGGUUGAAUAGUGGUAAUAAUGUUGUGCAGAGCAAGAUCUAA